AUUUUAUACUUUUAUCUCACAUCCCCAACCCCCAUUCAUAAAAUGAGUAUUUUACCCUUUAUUGUCUACACAUGCGCCAUUGCCUUAGUGCUCUAUGUAUUGGUUAACCUUUUUACUCGUAACCCAAACCGCCUUCCCCCAGGUCCAACCCCAUGGCCCAUAGUUGGAAACCUACCACACCUUGGCAUGGUACCACACCACUCAUUGGCGGCCUUAGCGGAAAAGCAUGGUCCGCUGAUGCACCUGCGGCUCGGAUUUGUUGACGUGGUUGUGGCCGCGUCAGCAUCCGUUGCUGCACAAUUUUUAAAAGUUCAUGACGCGAACUUUGCAAGUAGACCACCGAACUCUGGUGCGAAGCAUAUAGCGUAUAAUUAUCAAGACCUUGUGUUCGCACCUUAUGGUCCAAGGUGGCGCAUGCUUAGGAAAAUUUGUUCGGUUCACUUGUUUUCCAAUAAAGCACUAGAUGACUUCCGUCAUGUUCGAGAGGAAGAGGUAGCGAUACUCACGCGUGUAUUAGUCAAUGCGGGUAAAUCUUCACCGGUGGUAUUAGGACAACUACUAAACGUGUGUACCACGAACGCAUUAGCCCGAGUGAUGUUAAGCCGAAGGGUAUUCGCUGACGUCGGAAGUGAAGGAGUGGAUCCAAAGGCGGAUGAGUUCAAAGACAUGGUAGUUGAACUAAUGGUAUUAGCUGGUGAAUUCAACUUAGGUGACUUCAUACCAGCACUUGACAAACUAGAUUUGCAAGGGAUUACUAAAAAGAUGAAGAAACUUCAUGCACGAUUCGAUAAAUUUCUGACAAUGAUCCUAGAUGAACAUAAAAUCGAAAAAGGUACACAUGGUCAUAAUGAUUUAUUGACCACUUUAAUUUCACUUAAGGAUGUUGAUGGUGAUGGUGAAAUAGGGAAGCUUUCCGACAUUGAAAUCAAGGCUUUGCUCCUGAACCUAUUUGCUGCGGGAACAGACACGUCAUCUAGCACCGUGGAAUGGGCAAUAGCUGAACUUAUUCGUCAUCCGCAACUAUUGAAACAAGCACGAGAAGAAAUGGAUAGAGUAGUUGGUCAAGACCGUCUUGUAACUGAAUUAGACUUGAGCCGACUAACAUUCCUCCAAGCCAUUGUGAAGGAGACCUUUAGGCUCCACCCUUCAACGCCGCUCUCUCUUCCAAGGAUUGCGUCUGAAAGUUGCGAGGUUGAUGGGUAUUACAUUCCUAAAGGAUCCACACUCCUUGUUAAUGUAUGGGCUAUAGCCCGCGACCCAAAAAUGUGGGCUAACCCGCUUGAGUUUAGGCCCAGUCGGUUCUUACCCGGGGGUGAAAAACCUGAUGCGGAUGUCAAGGGAAAUGAUUUUGAGGUUAUACCAUUUGGGGCAGGUAGAAGAAUAUGUGCGGGUAUGAGCCUUGGAUUGAGAAUGGUCCAGUUGCUUAUUGCAACAUUGAUCCAAACCUUUGAUUGGGAAUUGGCUAAUGGGUUAGAGCCAGAAGCGCUCAACAUGGAAGAAGCUUAUGGGCUAACCCUUCAAAGGGCUGAACCCUUAAUGGUGCACCCAAGGCCGAGGUUAUCUCCUCACGUAUAUGAAAAAGUCGUUAAGGACUAAAAUGAAUUUUGUGUUUUUAGUUAGCCAAUAUAAUUGGAAAUUCGGUAUUUGUAUUUCAAAUAAUUAUGGGAAUCAAUGUCUUAUGCUCUUUAAA